CUUAGCAUUGCCUCCGUUUGACUCGUGCUAGAAGUGGAAACUGUUCUUGUUAACCAGCUUGUCCGUAAGACCGAGAAUUGCAGCCGUUUCGACGAGUGGAAAUUGAAUGGAGAACGAAGGGAGCCGUCUGGUGAAGUUUAACGAUACAGUCCGCCUCACUGGGCCUUCGGGCAAUUCCACUGUUAUAACUGGAUCUUACGAGGCCCUACUUAAAAACACUCGUAGCUAACGUUAGCUUGUGUAGUUGCACGGACUCCUGCAUGUACUUUAUUCGCUGUCGUGCUACUCUGUUUAGUAAUACUGUUAAAGUAAUGACAGCUCCGUUGAAAGCGUCCAGUUUAGUGGCCUUCUCUCCCUAACGCCACCAGAUAACACUAACCUGCUGCUGACAUUGAUCUCACCUACGUUUAUGACUUUGAAGGCUUCACAGGAACUUUGGUGUGGAUGCAAAGCUGCCAUGAAUGUGUGUUACAUAGACUGACCAGUGCUAAACAUCAGAUCUAAGUAAAUGGAGGGUAAAGUCUGCUCAUUCCAGAUUUAACAUAUUUUCUGUUGAUGCCCUUCUCUGGAUGGAUCACAGCACUUGUUUUGGACACAAUUCCAGCAGCAUGGUGGGGAGGGCCAAGGAGUUCUUGCUUUUCUCUGCUUCUAUGCAAACCAGUAUGUUUGCUGUGACAGCGAACCACUAACUGCAGUAAAUCGUGCCUGCAGUGUUAACAGAUCUUUGUAUGAGACACACCAGAGAUAAUUGGGAGUUUUGCAGGGUUGAGGUGUACGUGCCAAAUUUGAAAACUAGGAAUCGGUUAAAAACUCUGUGUAUAUUUAUAGUCCCAUAGUUUGUAGUGGAAACAAAACAGAAGAGGGACUGUAUUUUGUUUGUGAUGGCCUCAUCCAACUUAAGACUUUUAAGUUAUUUUUUCUAAGUUUACUAGUGUGUCCUCUACAGCUAUGGAAAUCUUGUCAUUCUUUGCUGUGUGUCAUAAACCGGUGAGCUUUCGUGGUCUCACCAUACAGACAAAGGAUUCUGUUGAAAGCGUACACUCUAAAUAACACGUCUGACCUCUGUGGUGGCCUGAGAUUCUCCAGGUUUGACUGGAUUAGUUUGUCUACAUUGCUACUCACUUUAAAAAGGAACCUUAUGCAUGGUAUUCUGUAAACUGCUGUUAAAGUCGGACACCGUAUAUGGGCACUGAACAGGUCCGAAUGGAAGUCCUCUCUUUACUUUUCCUGUCACACUUUUGUAAGCCGUGCUGCUUGCCACAAUGGCCCUAAUCAAGCCAUAAUCCAAGAGGGCUGCACUUGACCAUUGCGAGCACUUGGCUUUUCUAAUGGAGCACCUUCAGGGAGCGUGGAAGACCCUGAGCAACGGCUUCGGAAUGAAGGACUCAGCGUUUGAGGGCCCCUGCCUUUCUCCAACCAUGGUCCAGGGCUUUCCCUGCCAGCGUCGCUCCUCUGAUGACAGCAAGAUGCCCGACUCCAAGGCUAGCAGCACUAUCCGUGUCUACCUCCCAAACCAGCAACGCACUGUGGUAAAUGUGCGACCAGGUAUGACUCUACACAACUGCCUGAUUAAAGCACUGAAGGUGCGAGGUCUGCAGCCUCAGUGCUGUGCUGUGUUCAGGCUGCAUCCAGGACAGAGGAGUAAAAAAUUGCGAAUGGAUUGGAAUACUGACUCGACCUCACUGAUUGGGGAAGAGCUGCAGGUGGAGGUUUUAGAUCACGUUCCUUUGACGACGCAUAAUUUUGUUCGGAAAACAUAUCUGAAACUAGCAUUCUGUGAUAUUUGCCAGAAGUUUCUUUUGAAUGGUUUCCGUUGCCAAACGUGCGGCUACAAAUUCCAUGAGCAUUGCAGCACCAAAGUGCCCACGAUGUGUGUGGACUGGAGCAACAUCAGACAACUCCUGUUGUGUCCAACACCUGGUGAGAGCGGUGCCCCGUCCCUGCCGCCGCUGACAUCUCGCCGUAUGAGAGAAUCCUUAACACGGUUUCCAAGCUCAGCCCACCGAUAUUCCACCCCUCAUGCCUUCAACUACACCACACCCUACCCACCCACAGGCGGCGGUCUCUCCCAGAGGCAGCGCUCCACUUCCACACCCAACGUCCACAUGGUUAGCACCACCCUGCAUGUAGACAGCAGCAUGAUCGAGCUAGACUGCCUGAAUACCUCCCCCAGCUCCUGGUGCCAUAGAUUCUGGCUGAAGAGGAAAGUAGGUAUUGUGCACUUCUCCCAGUCUUUUGUUGAGGCCUCACCUGAGAGUCCAGAAAAGGAUGCAAUGCGUGAUCAUGACUCCGCGGGGAGUUCCCCCAACCAGAGCCCUACUGGCUGGUCCCAAUCCAAAGUCCCUGCACCUGCUCAGCGAGAGAGGGCCCCAUCCUUCAACACUCAGGAGAAAAAUAAAAUAAGGCCUCGGGACAAGCGGGACUCGAGUUACUACUGGGAGAUCGAGGCCAGCGAGGUUUAUCUGCACUCCCGCAUUGGCUCAGGCUCCUUUGGAACUGUAUACAAAGGAAAAUGGCAUGGUGAUGUAGCAGUGAAGAUUUUAAAGGUGACGGACCCGACACCAGAGCAGUUCCAGGCAUUCAGGAAUGAAGUGGCCGUCCUGAGGAAAACACGACAUGUCAACAUCCUGUUGUUUAUGGGCUACAUGACGAAGGACAACCUGGCCAUUGUGACCCAGUGGUGUGAGGGUAGCAGCCUCUACAAACACAUUCAUGUCCUGGAGACAAACUUCAAGAUGAUCCAGCUCAUAGAUAUUGCCAGGCAGACAGCUCAGGGCAUGGACUAUCUGCAUGCAAAGAACAUCAUUCAUCGUGACAUGAAGUCCAACAACAUUUUCCUACAUGAAGGACUAACGGUGAAAAUCGGGGACUUCGGUCUUGCUACGGUGAAGGCCAGGUGGAGCGGCUCACAUCAGGUGGAGCAGCCCUCUGGAUCCAUUCUUUGGAUGGCUCCUGAAGUUAUCCGGAUGCAGGAUAACAAUCCCUACAGCUUCCAGUCUGAUGUCUAUUCCUAUGGAAUUGUUCUCUUUGAGCUCAUGACGGGAGAGCUCCCAUACUCCCAGAUAGCCAACAGAGAUCAGAUCAUUUUCAUGGUGGGAAGAGGCUAUCUGUCCCCAGACCUCAGUAAGCUCUACAAGAACUGCCCCAAAGCCAUGAAACGAUUGGUGGCCGACUGCAUCAAGAAGUCCAAGGAUGAGAGGCCCCUCUUUCCACAGAUCUUGUCGUCCAUCGAGCUUCUUCAGCAUGCCCUCCCUAAGAUAAACCGCAGUGCCUCAGAACCGUCCCUGCACAGAGCCUCUCACACGGAGGAUAUCAAUGCCUGUACGCUGACCUCCACCAGACUGCCUGUUUUUUAAAGGCUCAGACAGUACUGUCCCUCCUCCUCUCCUUACACUUGCCUUCCUCCUCAAAAUAUACAAAUUAGCCCAAAAAAUUCUGUAUGCCCAAAUUCUCUUCAUAAAGAUGAUACUAUACACAUGCAAUCGUACAUAAACCCAUGUUAAUCAAUACAACAUGCAAUGAGGAGAGAGAGGGAAGUGCAGAGAGAAGUGCGUCUGAGAUUAACUUUGGAAGCGAUUAAGUGAUGAUGGAUUGUAGUUGGAUGUACAUAUGAAGAGGUUAGCAUAAGAUGCAUCAAGGUGAAGCCUUGCUCCAUGUUGGCAUUGUAUUUGGUAUAAGUUGUAAAUAUAUGCACGCACACCUACCUAAGACAACGAUGAAUGGACAUUGAAGGAAGCUCAAGAGAAAACCAGAUGCAUCUCUUGAUUUUGGGUUCUGUGAUGUGAAGCACACCUUUCUGUCAGACCGCCCUGUGUUCUGAGGGAGAGGACUUUUUACGCUUAGCUGCCUUAAGAGGAAACAAAGCCUGGACUUAGAUCCUGCACAACUUCACCUCCUCUUCUCACAAAGCCGUUGGAUGUAGUCCAUUUAGUUGCACAGUAGUAGUUGAUUUUGCAUUGUCUUAAAUGGGGUAGACAUGGGGAAUUUUUUUGUCUUUUUUUGUCGUCGUUCUUGUUGACUUCUUUUGUCUUUGUUUUUGGGCCAUUUUGGAUGAAUUGUAGCUUGUCGGACAGUGAGCAUGAGCGAUGAUGGAAAUCUGCACAAUUUUCAGCAAAAACAGCGGUUAUGUUUCAACAGUAUGCGAUGACUUCAUAGCUCUGAGUAAACUGAUCUGUAGGUCCCCACACAUCCUUAUCAGUCCUUACCGUCGGUAGGUUCUCACAAGCUGGACAUUCGGCAGUUGUCUUAAAUAUUUAAAAUGAUUUGGAAACUAAUUUGUAUUUGUUUAUCGUGUCACUUUCAGGAGGUGAAACGUUUUAUUGUGAACUUGGUGAGAAAGGUGUCUAUUCAAUAUUUUAAUAAAAUUAAGUUAAAUUUCUUUGCCAAAUCAA